AUGGAGCGGCUGCGGGACGUGCGGGCGCGGCUGCUGGCGUGGGAGCGCGCGUUCCUGCGACAGCGCGGGCGGCGGCCCGGCCAGGCGGACGUGGCGGCCGCGCCCGAGGAAACCCGAGCGCUCUACCGGGAGUACCGCUCUCUGAAACGAGGCCUGGACCAGGCAGGCGGCGUCCAGCCCUGCAGCCCUGAGCAGUCUGCUCUGGAGGCCAACUUGGAGGCACCAGAGACCGGCUGCUGGGGACCUCACCUUAAUCGGGCUUCCACUCGGACCUCACAGCUGACCUCGGCACCCAGCCCCCGAGGGACUGUGCACGACUACGGGAAGCGCCUCAAGGCCAAUCUGAGCGGCGCCCUGCAGGUGAGGUCCAGGCAGGGCUCGAACAGAGGCACAUCUGCACUGUGGCACUUCACCGGGGCCCCAGAGCAGCCUUCAGAGUGCCUGGUGUCGUCUUCUCAGACCGAACCAGCCCCACGAACACCCACAUCAGAGGCACUUGCCCAAGGACCAUCAGAUACAGGUGCUGCCCUUACCUCACGGAAACUCAGCCAGACACCUUCCCCGCACGCGAGGCCUCUGGUGCAGCAGCACCGGCUCCAGCAGCUGCGGGCUUCUCUGAGCCUGCGUCUCGCCUCCCUGGACCCUGCCUGGCUGCAGCAGUGUCAGGAUGGGGCCUCUGACUUGCAGAGGGCCCCGGAGUGCUCUGGAGGGCCUGACCAGAGGUGGCAGCCUCAGACCCCAGGUGCCUGUCAUGGCCCCAGGAUCUCAACGCUGCAGGAAGCCAGCCACAGUGAAGGAUUCCCUCAGCUUAGCAAGAAUCAGAGACAAAACAGGGACCCCACAGCAGCCGCUUCACAAGGCCACAGCUGUCACAUGGGACUCCCACCAGAUGAACCUCCGCCGAGGGAGCCUGUGGGGAAGCAGCCUCCUCGGCCCCCCAGGAGCCCGGAGGUACGCAAGUCCCCACCCAGGCAGGUUGCCUCCAAGCUGAACCCAUUGGGCAACUACAUCAGGCUCAACCUGAAGCAGAAACGGUACACUCGGGGCCCAACCCUGAGGGGCAUUCGUCUCCGUAAACAGGUGUGGAAGCAGAAAUGGCAGAAGAAAAGGGACUGUUUUGGGGGUGGUAGGUGUAGAACAACAAUCAAGAACUCAUGCUUUCGCUGCGGGCAGCUUGGCCACUGGGUCUCCCAGUGCCCCCAGCCAGAGCCUGCCCCAGCCCAGGAGGCGGCUGGCAGAGACAAGGAAGGUGUACAGCUAUCACCCACACUGGAGGUCACCCAGAUAACAGGUGCCCCCGGCCAACUCCCUGGUGAGGGGAGCACUGGACCUGCACCUGCCAAGUGCCAGCAGCUGGGAGCCUUGAAACCCUGCCUACUCUCCACAGUACCCCCACUCUACCCACUAGGACCUUCAGGGCAGGUGGCAGAGACUCCUCCUGAGGUGUUCCAGGCCCUGGCACAAUUGGGACACCAAGCCUUCCGCCCAGGGCAGGAGCAGGCCAUUAUGCGCAUCCUGUCGGGUAUCUCCACUCUCUUGGUGCUGCCCACGGGUGCUGGCAAGUCCCUAUGCUAUCAGCUGCCAGCCAUGCUGUAUGCCCAGCGAGGGCCCUGCCUCACAGUGGUCAUCUCCCCACUCCUGGCACUUAUGGACGACCAGGUGUCCAGCCUGCCUCCAGGUCUGAAGGCCGCCUGCCUCCACUCAGGCAUGACCAGGAACCACCAAGAGAGGGUCCUGCAGAAGGUACAGGCAGCACAGGUGCAUGUGCUCAUGCUGUCACCAGAGACACUGGUGGGGACCAGGGUGGGGGGCCCUGCCUGCCUGCCCCUUGCCACAAAGCUACCACCUGUGGCUUUCGCCUGCAUCGACGAAGCUCACUGUCUAUCCCAGUGGUCUCACAACUUCCGGCCCAGUUAUCUGCGAGUCUGCAAGGUGCUCCGAGAUCACAUGGCUGUGCGCUGCUUCCUGGGCCUCACUGCCACCGCCCCACGAAGCACUGCCCUUGAUGUGGCCCAGCACCUAGGCGUGCCCGAGGGGUCAGUUUCCAUCGGGCUCCCUGCCACCAUCCCGGACAACCUUCACCUCUCUGUGUCCACAGACAGGCACCCUGAGCAGGCCCUGGUGACACUGCUGCAGGGGGACAGGUUUCACACAUUAGCUUCAGUCAUCAUAUACUGCAACCGGCGAGAAGACACUGAACGGGUGGCCGCCCUCCUCCGUACCUGCCUUCCCCAGCCCGCGAGCCCCAGAGGUGGUGCCCCUGAGGCUGUGGCUGAGGCCUAUCACGCAGGCAUGUGCAGCCGAGAGCGGAAGAGGGUGCAGCGAGCCUUCAUGGAGGGACGACUGCGCAUAGUGGUGGCCACGGUGGCGUUUGGGAUGGGGCUGGAUCGGCCGGAUGUGCAGGCUGUACUACACCUAGGGCUACCUCAGAGCAUAGAGACCUACGUGCAGGCCGUGGGCCGGGCAGGACGCGAUGGGCAGCCAGCCCACUGUCACCUCUUCUUGCAGCCACAGGGUGAAGACCUUCAGGAGCUGCGCAAACAUGUGCACGCUGAUGCAGUGGAUUUCCUCGCGGUAAAGCGGCUGGUGCAGCGAGUCUUCCCACCCUGCUCUUGCCCCAAGCCAUCCCCAGACGGUGGUGAACAGGCUGCAGUCCCUGCAGAGCCUGGGCAACAGAACACCCAGGACACUGCCCCUCAGCCAAGGAAAGAAUGCCCAGGCCACACACGGGCACUGCCCAUACGGUCUACGGAGCAAGCCCUGGACAUGCCUCAGGAAGCUAUUGAAACCCUGCUGUGCUACCUGGAGCUUGAAGAACAGGGCUGGCUGGAGCUGCUGACCCCCGUCUAUGCCUCCUGCUCCCUGCACUGUCCUGGGGGCCCUACUCAACUGGACACCCUGGCCCUCAGGUGUCCCCCUGUGGCCACAUGCCGGGCGCGACAGCUGGGCAAAGACUCCGGGAGCAAUGGCUAUAUGGAGUUUGACAUGGUGGAGCUGGCGGACUUCAUGGGCUGGGAGCUAGGCUCUGUGCAGAGAGCCCUGCAACAGCUGCAGUGGGACCAGGGGCUUGAGGCAGGAGAGCCUCGGGAAACAGGUGUGCUUGUAGAGUUUGGGGAGCUUGCUUUCCACUGGCGAUGCCUCAGGGACCUGAGCAUCGAGGAGAAAGACCAGGUCUGCCAGUUCCUUCAAGGCCGUGUCAGGGCUCGAGAGAGAGAGCAGGCCCUGGCCCGCCUCCGCCACACUUUCCAGACCUUUCUCAGUGUGGCCUUUCCCAGCUGUGGGCCCUGCCUAGAGCGAGCUGAUAAGGCACGCAGCGCCCAGCUCAAAACCCUGAUCAGCAGCUACUUUGAAGAGGAGCCACGGCCAGGGCCAGAGGGCGAAGAGGAUGAGGGCCCGGAGCCAGGACAGGCCAGGCUCCAGGACUGGGAGGACCAGAUCCGCCAGGAUGUCCGCCAGCUCCUGUCCGUACGACCAGAGGAGAAGUUCUCAGCCAGGGCUGUGGCCCGUAUCUUCCACGGCAUUGGAAGCCCCUGUUACCCAGCCCAGGUGUAUGGGCAGGACCGGCGCUUCUGGAGGAAAUACCUGCACGUGAACUUCCACUCCCUAAUGCGCCUGGCCAGAGAGGAGCUGCUGCUCUGGGGCCACUGA